AAGGAGGUUGUUUGUUAGUAUUGGAUUAGUUGUUUAAAUCAUGUUGGGUAGAUUAGACUAUAAAAAGAAACAAAACAAAACAUAAAGUCAACAAUCGAAAUAGUCUAUAGACCACCCAGAUUCAAGCGAGACAGAGAUUAGUCUAGCUACCAGUUGAUCACGCCCCGGGUUCAGACGUUCAAGUGGACAAGCUGCGUGCGUUGGGCUGGCCAAGUCAUUUGGUGCAUGGCAUGUCUUAUCGGCGCUAGCCUAGCCUACCUGGGGACCUACCCAACAGUGAGGCAGUCGAUGAGGAGGAGAGUGGGGGUUCCAAGAGAUCUAUUCAUCACCAAGGGGGAAGGUGUACUUCAUUCAGUAUGCCACCACUAUGAGUAGAGUGUGUUAGAGUAGAAGAACAUUGACAUUCUCUGUAAAGAAAACAACUACUUGGUACUAUUGGUCUAAAUUUGGAGGGUGGUAAAAACUGCAAUUUAUUUGUUAAUUAGAUGAAGCAGUCCUAUAAUAGCCAGUGUGGAAGUGUAGACAUGUUUGAUAACUCGCAGUAUCCAUAUAACUGCUUCAACUAUGAUGGAGAUGGAUACCCUUCCUGCAGCACGGAUGAAGACAAGAAGAUGUGUCGACCCGCUUACAGUUACAUAGCGUUGAUAGCCAUGGCCAUCCAGCAGAGUCCAGAGCACCGGGUCACCUUGUCAGGGAUCUACGAGUUCAUCAUGAAACGCUUUCCAUACUACAGGUCUAACCAGAGAGCAUGGCAAAACUCCAUACGACACAACCUCUCUCUCAACAGCUGCUUCAUUAAGGUUCCCCGUACGGAGGGAAACGAGAAGGGGAAAGGCAACUACUGGACAUUCGCCACUGGCUGUGAGUCCAUGCUUGACCUCUUCGAGAACGGCAACUUUCGGCGUCGCCGGCGCCGACGCAACAUGAAAAUGGGUUUCAGAGAGCCUGGGGAACCUUUCCUCCCAGUAGACAAUAACAAGAACAAUAACAUCAACAACCAACACGGCGGCUCCACCCGGCGGUCCGAUCCUAACCCUAACCCCAAACCAGACUCCUUCUGCCCCAUCAGCCCUGACCACAGACAAGGUCACCACACCCCCCUCAACCCAAACCAGCAGGAUAAACCAGAACCGGAGAUUAAAUUCAGUAUUGACUACAUCCUCUCCACUCCCAACCCCACUCUGCCAAGCUUCAGACCUCCACGUAGUGGUACAACAGUGGCCCCCAUACACGCUCUGGAGCCCCAACACCUGAACCUGCACUUCUGGACCAUGUGAGUGUCAUAGCCUUGCUUAUAAAGAGAGAUACUUCAUCUGAAAGACUGGAUGGUUUUUCCUCCAUAUCUGAAUUAGGAAAUUAAAAGAUCCAAAGACUGCUUCCUUGUGCAAGGGGAGAUUUGAUUGACUUGUCCUGUAAAUAAAGAAUAUAGAGAGGUCCAGUAUUGCGCAAUGGAUCCUAGCUGAUUAUACUAAAUGUACAUCACUCUACACUCAAAUGAAGCUUGUACCGUGUUCAUAGUCUUGUCCCAAGGCAUAAAGGCUUACAUAAAGCUGCAUUCAUAAAGGAGGAUGUUCUGUUAUGAGGGUCUGUGAAAAUAAGUUUUCACCUAUAUUAUAUCGUUACUAUUUUAAGGACAGAAAUAAAUACACUGCGUAUGCUGACUGUAUGAGAAAGCUGAUAAAACUGAAGGCAGGGUGACCUGUGACUUCAUCAUCAUCAUCAUCAUCAUCAUCAUAACCAGUAUCAAUAUUAAAAGAUAACAAUCUCAACAAUUGUUUUGGUUGGUGAAAGUGUCAAAGCAAUGAACAGGGUGAAGUGUACAUGUCACAAGCUGGUGCUCAGCCCCGUCGAUCCUUAUUGUUUUAAGUCAAUUAUCAUGGGGUUAAUCAACCCAGGCCCUCUCCAAACCUCCUAAUCUUUCCCCAUGACCUUUUCAAUUCCCCUGAGACUGACACAUUCCACAUUUCAUCCAGACACAUUAGAAUACAUUAUAUCCAUAUAUUGGUAUGAAGGAGACUAAAACAUGGGGUCUACACCGCUAACAUUGAUUUCCCUGUUAGGAGAAGGGAUAUCAAUCAUAGCAGGGUUUCUCUUGCUUGUUUGAAGGGACAAUUUUCAAUUUAACCUUUAUAUUAUGCCGUGACUGCAUCAUUCAGGACAGGAGGGGUUUCAACAGAACACAACAACACACUUAACAUGAGUGGCAUUUAAUAUAGCAUUACACUUGCAAGGUGAGACCGAGAUGUGACCCGAGUCAAAUAUAAGAAGGGGGCCGUGUUGCUGUAACAACAGUGCCGCAACUCCCGCCCGCCCGGCCUGACGCAAUUAUAAUUAAACACUCCGGCAUAUGCUUCCUUUCAAAUCCUGUGAUCGAUCAAUGAUAUUAACAUUCAUACCUGCUUGGCCCUCCAGCCAACGUCUAGCACCACCACUGUUAUGGAUCAGUAGGUUUCCAUUAACUAAGCUGUUGAUGUAAGGUGGCGCUGUGGAUGUAUUUGGGUAAAUUAACUUAGCAUAAAGUGCUGCAAGGCUGGGUCUGCUUCUGCGUCGGGUUUGUAUUGAGACACCAAAGAGAAAAUACACAUACAGGAGAGAAGUACUAUUAUUGUGUCCUAGAAUGGCCUCUAUUAAAUGACCAUUCCAAACUCAAAGUAUUUGUAUCAUGUUGUUUGAUUUAUUUCUGUUGGGAAAUGGUCUUCACAAAAUAUUUUGCAUGUAUCUUGAGGCUAUCAAUAUUUUAAUUGAACCUUUAUGUCUUAUUGAGCUAAAAACCUCUAUGAGAGGGAAAUUUGGUCUGGGAAAAAUAAUAUGGAAAUGUUUAUAAUUUUCUGUAUGAGCUCACUUCUAGUUGUGGCUAUUGUGUACACUCUUAGAAAAAAGGGUGCUAUUGAGAAUCAAAACAGGUUCUUUGGCAGUCCCGAUAGGAGAACUCUUUGAAGAGCCCAUUUUUGGUUCUAGGUAGAGCCCUUUGGUUCCACAUGGAACCCUUUUGAAGGUUCUGCGUGGAACCUGAAAGAGUUCUACCUGGAACCAAAAAGGGUUCUUCUAUGGGGACAGCCUCAAAACCCGUUUGAAACCAUUUUAUCUAAGAGUGUAGGUAGGUAAUGUUGAAAUGUGUAGCUCAGGGCAGAAUGAGUGAAAUGGGGAGGAGGAAAUUGGGAAAGCAAUGAUCUGCAACAUAAAUAACAUCUCAAUCAUAAACACAAAUAGGUCAUUUAAUCUACAGCAUGUGUUUUAUAAUUGGAUUUUCAUUCUUGGGAGUAAUUUUGAUUAUGAAUUUAAUUAUAAAUAUUUGUGUGCUGUUGUUGGUGUUUUAAAACCACAACAACAACAUAGUAUAUGUUUAUAUAUGAGGGAGGCUGUGUAAUUUCACCUUACUUGACUAACAACCAUGAUUUCCUUGAGCUGUGGUAGGCGGGGACUGGAGAGGCGAAUGUACAGUUUGUUAUAUGGGACAUGCUCAUGUACCAGAGGCCUACAAUGCAAAGCAGAUUGCUGGGUAAUGAUAUCAGGCUUCUGGCUAAUGAAGAGUGUUGAAAUAGCCCAAGGAGACAGAAAAAGGGCUAACACGUUCACACCGAUGGCUUUUGCCCUUUGAAGCCAUUUGAAUCCCCAUGUACAAAUCAAAAGGGCCAGAGGUAGAUUCGGCAGGGUGGAAUAUUCCACAGUUCUGAAAUGGGUUUUUAAAUGUGUUGCGAAUGAGAAUAUCAACACUGGAUGUCAAAUCAAUGUCAGUUUAGACGUGUUUACAGUUAGAUUAUAUUUACUGUAGAUCUUCCAGGCCCCUGUUUGGCCCCUGCUACUGGAGACCCGUGUAGGAUGUCCCUGUUAGGAACACCUAGAAGGGUGUAAGAAAUGAACCAGGAUAUAGAAGAAAUAUGGAAAAUAGGCCUUAUUUUACACCACGACAACUCUUUUUUGAUAAUUUGUAUGGUAACGAUAGCCUUUUAGUGAUAGCCUUUUAGUGAUAGCCUUUUAGUGAUAGCCUUUUAGUGAUAGCCUUUUAGUGAUAGCCUUUUAGUGAUAGCCUUUUAGUGAUACCCUUUUAGUGAUAGCCUUUUAGUGAUAGCCUUUUAGUGAUAGCCUUUUAGUGAUAGCCUUUUCAGUGGCACUUGGCUUCAGUGAAUCUGAAAUAAAAUAGUGAGUUGUUUGUUACUAUGUAAUUAUUGUAGCUUGCCAUUUCUGAGUAAAUUCCAAGUAAAAAUGGAACUAUAAAAUAAAGAGUAAUAGCCCUCAUUUCCAUUUGAACCUGCCUCAUUUCAUACAUCCUCCAGUUACAUGCCUGCUUGUCCAAGUCAGGAAGCCUUGCAGCUUUAAGUUAUAGUUGAAGUCGGAAGUUUACAAAGGAGUCAUUAUAUAGGAGUUAUAGUUGAAGUCGGAAGUUUACACUUAGG